AUGGAAGCCCUUGAACAAAUGUCCAACUAUGCGAAAUUUUUGAAAGAUAUUCUUACAAAGAAGAGAAGGUUGAGGGAGUUUGAAACUGUAGCUUUGACCAAGGAGUGUAGCUCAUUCUUGCAGAAUAAGUUGCCUCCUAAAAUGAAAGAUCCAGGAAGUUUCACCAUUCCAUUUACUAUUGGAGACUCUUAUAGUGGGAUGGCUAUGUGUGAUCUGGGUGCUAGCAUAAACUUGAUGCCAAUGUUUGUGUUCAAGCAGUUAGGGAUUGGAGAGGUUAGUCCUACAACAGUUACCCUUCAACUAGCUGAUAGAUCCCUCGCUCACCCUGAUGGAAAAAUUGAAGAUGUGCUGGUAAGAGUUGAAAAAUUCAUUUUUCCCGCUGACUUUAUUGUUCUAGACUAUGAGGCGGAUAUAGAGGUGCCUAUUAAUUUGGGAAGGCCAUUUAUUGCUACAGGUAGAACUUUGAUCGACGUGGAAAAAGGGGAGCUCACAAUGUGA